GGCAAUUGUUGUAAAUAAACUGGUAGAAAAGAAUUUCUCUUCAAUUCAGCUCAAUGACCUCUUAUAAAGGAAAUCUCUUCUUCUUGAGUAAUUGCAACAACUUUAAAAUCCAGUUUAUAAUCAGACUUCUCUUUAGAUCAAGAUGAUUACUUGGAUCAAAGAUUCUCAUGACCUUUUUGAUUACGAGAACACUAAUCGAAUAGCUUAAUCUCUGACAAUCAAUUCUUCUAUUAAAUUGUAUAGAGAUAAAUCGAGUGGAAAAAUUCAAUCGACUCAAUAAGGGAAGACAUUAAUCAGAAUUGAAAAUAGACAAAAUUGUUUUUGGAUCGAACCAAGAGUAUGUAUUUGUAUGUAAGAGUUAGCAAGCCAAAAAACGAUGACCAUCAUGUUUGGUUAGUUAUAAAAAUCAAUUUCAUAACAAGAAAAUGGUGUUAAAUUACAAUAUAAUGAUGUGAUACGAGUGGGUAAGGUGGAAAUAAAACUGAAGGAACUUCAUUUCGAUGUGAGUGAGAAGAAAUUAGAUGAAAGAGAAACGAUUCUCAGUCAAAGUGUCGAUGAUCAACGUUGUAGAAUAUGUCUAUUAGGUUCUGAAAGUAUCGAUGAUCCUAAAAUUGAACCUUGUAAUUGUUCUGGAACUAUGGCUUUGAUUCAUUUAAAGUGUUUAUAACAUUGGAUUGUAACUAAAUACAACAUGGAAAGUAGCAAUGCAAUAGUGUUUCUGUGGGAUUUGAUGAAAUGCGAAUUGUGUCGAUAGUAAUUUUAAACAGAAAAUUACAACUCAAUGGUUAAACAGUUGAUUUGGUGGAACUAAGCAAGAGUAUUGGAAAUGAAGAAGCCAUUGCUGAAAUCAAAGGAAAGAUUGACCUAUAUUCUCAAUUUGGAAAAACUUGAAUAAUUCAAGAUUGGAAGAGCCAAUGAUAAUCAUAUUCGAUUAUGCGAUAUUAGUGUGAGUAGGUUUCAUUGCAAAUUAACUUUGCACAAUAAAGAGUUUUAUAUUCAAGACAACAAUUCUAAAUUUGGUACUCUCCUUAAGUUGAAGUAAUCGAUGCCAUUGUUGAAGGAGUUUUAGAAUGUGCAAGUUUAGGUUGGGCGAACGUUGUUUGAAUUCGAGAACGUAAGCAACGGUUACUAAUGA